AUGAUGAGCUUCACGGUUCUAAUGGGAUCUGGUUGCUCGGCAAAAUCUACAAAGUCGGAGACUCCGAUGGAUGGACCACGAGGACGCACCUAUUAUGAAUGGGCUGAGCAUAAGGAAUUCCACGUGGGCGAUUCUCUGAUCUUCAAAUACGACCGCAACGUCAGCGACGUCACUCAAGUCUCCGAUGCUCAGGAAUACGAAUUCUGCAACUCUUCUUCUCCUAAGGCCGUCUACAACACAGGACACGAUAUCAGACUCCACGUUCUUGUCGUCCGUGGCUGGUCUCAUCCAUCACUACCGAGAAAGAUCCUUCCUCUAGGAAAAACUACAAGGUCGGUGAUUCCAACGAAUGGAGUGUUCCCGAAGAGAGUGACUUCUAUUACAAGUGGAGUGAGGAGAAACAAGUUUCAUGUGGGAGACAAUCUUCUUUUCUACUACAACGACCAAGUCAACGACGUCUUAGAAGUCAGCAGUGAUCUUGAGUUUAAUAUCUUGCGACCUUCUUCUCCUGUUGCCAUGCACAAUACGGGACAAGAUCUCAUUAAGCUCACAAAACCAGGAAUCCAAUAUUUCAUAAGCUCAAAGACUGGUCAAUGUGAGGCUGGGCUUAAGCUUCGAGUGGUGGUGCGGCCACUAUUCAGAGCUCUUCCGAGGACUAGGAGGAUGAGGUCGUCACCUUUGGACCGCUCUUCAAGUGGUUACACAGAUUCAGACCCCAACCCCAUCACUAAGCAUUCGUUUUUUUUUUUCUGUUUGGUUUUUGAUUAG